CCUGUCAGUGUAAUGUCAAAUCAUUGUCAAAUUAGAAGGAAAGAAGUGAGUGAAGUUUCGUGUGUAUUGUGUUCUGUGUGGAAAUGAAUUAAAAUAUUCGCGUAAACGUACUAGUGUAAAACAAAGGUUUUAGCAAAUAUGAAGCCACUAAUAGAUUUUGAUGAAUGUCUCAGAGAUUCGCCUAAGUUUAGGGAGCAGCUGGAAACUGAAGAAGCCAGCAUUGAUUCAUUGGAGCAAAAACUUGAUAAAGUUUUAAAAGCAUGCGCUGUAAUGAUCGACUCUGGUAAAAUCUACAUGAGUCAUAGAGGCACAUUUACAAAUGCACUAUGGGAUUUAACGGGAAGUUUCUCAGAAGACCCUCCAGUGAUGGCAACACUGAACAGAAUGAUCCAUUCUCUGCAAGAGAUGAGUAAAUUCCACUCUAUCCUGCUGGAUCAAGUCUCUCGCACUGUGCUCAAGAAUCUCACUGCUUUUAUUAAAGUGGACAUAAAAGGUGUCAAAGAAAGCAAAAAUCACUUUGAAAAAAUCUCAAAUGAUCUGGAUACUGCUUUAAAUAGGAAUUCACAGGUGUCCCGUCACAAAUGUGCCGAAGUGGAGGAGGUGAUGAAUCUCUUGCUGGCCACUCGGUCAUGCUUCCGUCACACUGCCCUCGAUCAUGUACAGAAGAUCACCAUGCUUCAGGCCAGGAAGCGCCACGAAAUACUGGCCACUUUCCUGUCGUACUUGCAAGCGUGUUGCACUUAUUACCAUCAGGGUGCCGACCUGUCAGAGGAUUUGGAGCCAUUCCUCAAGACAACCGCUGAGGAUAUCGCAGCUAUGCGUAACGACACAAAAAUACUCGACAAAGAGAUGGAGAACCGCCAUACGAUAGUUAACAGUAAGGAUACUGUGCUGCCUAGCUGUAAAGCCAGUGAAGCCGACGGGGACUGUAAAGACGGAAUGUUGACCACGCCAUGCCUUAAAAACUUACCUCGGAUGCAAGGAUACUUGUUCAAAAGGACUUCGAACGCCUUCAAGACUUGGAACAGGAGAUGGUUCUACUUAUACGACAAUCGUCUAGUGUAUAGGAAAAGAACGGGAGAGCUCAAUGUAACUGUAAUGGAGGAAGACUUGAGACUGUGUACUGUGAAGCCGGUGCUUGACGGCGAAAGGCGAUAUUGCUUCGAAGUAUUGUCACCAUCAAAAAGUCACAUGCUCCAAGCGGAUUCGGAAGAGAUGCUCAACAGUUGGAUCACGGCACUUCAGAACGGGAUCCGCUCCGCUAUACAACAAGGACAGAGUCGGGAGCAUCCUGACACACAACUCAUAUUGGUGCCAGAUGACAGGCCUUCAGAGAGUCGACACAGUGUUACCAACGUUAGGGGCAUGAGGAAGAUCAGGAUAUGGGAGCAACUUUUGAGCAUACCUGGCAACAACUACUGCUGUGACUGCGGCAGCCCGAACCCUCGCUGGGCUAGCAUCAAUCUUGGCAUUACUCUCUGUAUCGAAUGUUCCGGCAUACACCGAUCGCUAGGCGUGCAUGUCAGUAAAGUGAGAUCACUCACCUUAGAUGACUGGGAACCUGACAUAAUAAAGGUAAUGGCAGAAUUGGGCAAUAAAAUUGUGAAUAUGAUCUAUGAAGCCAAAACUGAAGGAACGACCAUUCCGAGAGCAACUCCAGAUUGCGACACAGGUGUCCGUGAAACAUGGAUCCGCUCCAAAUACGUGUCGCUGCUCUUCGUAAAGGAUUUGGUGGGCAGUAGUGGGGCGUUAUCUACAACUACAGAUAGUCCGCUGAGAACUGGCCGACGUUGGUCGGUAAGGCGAGCUAGACGCAGGGUCCGGACUACACCUUCAGUGCCAGAAACAAUUACGGAUGAAAAAAGUGAUGCCAACAGUAAUACAAGUGUGUCAGAAAGUUCAAGCAAAUCGGAUGGCAGUCCUGUGUUGCUGAUCGGCAGUGAGUUGGCAAGCGAUCGGGCCGUUGAUCUCAGCUUACCUUCCGAUCAUGACUCUACGGAGGGUGAGGACAGUGAUGAGCUAGCGGCAGAAGACAUGUCCCGUCUAUCCCCGGACGCGGUGUUGUACCUCGCGGCGCGUGCACACAACGUGGGCGUGAUGCGCGGCGCCCUCGCGGCCGGCGCCGACGUGUGCGCGACACUGCGGGACGCGCGCACGCCGCUACACGCCGCCGUGCUCAGUGGUUCAGUAAUGGCGUGCUCGUUCCUCCUACUGAACGGUAGCAAGAUGAACGUGCAAGACGACCAGGGAAAAACGCCUCUACACCUCGCAACAGAAGCGGGACAUACUGGCCAGGUGUGCUUGCUACUGCGGUACCGCGCGGACCAGUCAAUAGUCGACAAUGACGGUCAGACGCCGCUUGACAUCGCCGUCAACAAUGCCAAUGCUGAUAUUGUUACUCUAUUAAGGCUGACUAAACUGAACGAGGAGAUGCGUGAGAGCGAGAUGUCGUCCAACGAUGACACGUACAACGAAGUGUUCCGCGACUACACGCAGCUCGCGCACUCGCACCCCGAGCGGCUCGUGCGAGCCAAGCAUAACAACAACGAAGGAGAACAGUCGAGCGAAUGACGUAGCGUACCAAGCAGUCGACGCCGGUGGCUGUGGUAGCACCGAAUGCCCCCGACUGUUCCCGACUGCGCCCGACUACGCCCGAUCGCCAAAUCUAAGCAGGCCUACUAUCGUUCGCGUACUAUGACGUCACUGGGAAGACAACGACGCAUAUUGCAGGUGGCAGCACUUUCGACUCGAAACUAAGGUAUCGGUAGUAAGAAUUUACUAUGAAAGAGAUUGGCCUUGGAUUUGCUUGAAUAAUGGAUGGAUACUUAAAACAUGGUGAAUGACUGCUAGCUGUUGUUUGUUGUACUAGUUCUUUAAGCAAUUGUCUUCUCCAGUAACGUGUGUUUAAAUCGUCCGCUACGGAAAUGUGCUAAGUACACUCAAAGGCUGUAAGGACCUGUCCAAGCGACGUGUUACGAAUCUUUUUAUACACAUAGGUUAUUUCCUGUACUUUUACAUUGAUAUUGACAAAUCAUAGUGAUAUACUAAUCGCGAUUAUCAAAUAAAAUUAUUCCAAAAAUCGGGUAGUUUAAUUUCGACUUAAUGUUUUUGUAAUAAGGUUAUUAAUUAUAUUAUAUUAAGUGCUUAUGUGGCCAGAGGUCGGCAAUAUGAUCUCCAUUAAAAAUUUAACGAGGCUUUGAAAAAAAACUUGCUGCCAAACAGACAUAAUCAUUUUAUAAUAAUUUAGAGAGAUUUUGGUAGUUGUUCAAAUAUGACUAGAUUUUUGUAUUUACGCAAAAACAUUAUAUGAAGUUGAACAAAUUCAAGUCUUUCGCCGCGGAAGACAUUUUAUAACUUCAUAGUAUUGAAUCCCGGUUGUCAGUAUGAAAUAACAAUAUAAUUGAUUCUGUCCAACAACAAAUAUCAUAAAAUAAGGAUUAUCUAUAGAAAAAUUAAGCUUUCAUUUUGAUACUUCCUCUCUUUUCUACCCCGGUUAGAAAAAUAUAGAUUUUUCGCGCAAUAGAAUCAGGGUGUUACAUUAUGAAAUGCUAAACAAAUACGCUUACAAGCGAUUUCUUCCAUACCUGUUGACACGUAGUGCUGUGUACAUAAAUAUCGAUAUUAUUAUUAAAAUAAUUAAUGUUACUAUUGUAAUGAAAUCAAUGCUGGAAGAUGGCGAGUGACGUGUGACGUGUAAGCUUUAAAUGUUAAGUUUUAAGUACGUAACUAAAUAAAUAAGAUGCUGAAAACUGUAAUCCAAAAUUCAUGUAAGCCAAGUGACGGCACUAUUUGUUAACUCGAAUUUCUAUACAGCUUUUUGUGCGUUAUGAAGACGAAUGGUGAUAAGAUUAUAGUGGAAAUCUUGCUUGGUUGAAAUCAAAUCCUGUUAAAAAAAUCUUCCUAUAACUUAGAUUCAACAUAAUAUACCAUGCUGGGUAGUAGUACAUAAAACACUGUGAAGGUUCUAGUUAGUUUUUACCAGGCACAAUGCUUUAGUUACGACCGAUUUCUGAACACCUGUAUCGAUUUCUUCAAAUGUUUGUAGUUUCCUAUUCAAAUACCCUGGUAAUUAACGCGAUGAAUUAAUUUAACAACAGUUAAUAUUAUAUCUUGGAGUCUAUAAAACCUGUCCUAAAGGGUCCUAGUACAAUUAAGUAUGUUUUAUUGUUAAAACAAUUGUAUCCGACCCGUCACUACAAAGUCUUCAAGUAGGUAGGUAUACGUUGGCCAUAAUUCUAAAGGUGGUGUAAUUAAUCUUAUAAACCAAAGAUUUUAGUAUUGGUUUUAUAUUGUUAGACAAAAUAUGUAGAGUAGUUGAAAAUAAUCAAUUUGUUAAACUUUCUGGCCUAUAAAUUCUCAAGGGAUUUAAGUUUUUUUAUGGAGUUAGUAUGAGUGGAAAAUAAUAACUAACAUUCCUGUGAAAAGCCAUUCCUAAAAUAUUGGCAUUUAAUGUAUUUUUUUACAAAUUGGGCUCAGAUGUGAAUCUCAAUCAAAACCCUAUUUUGUAGGUUAUUUUUGUAUUUUUUUUAUAAAUGUAAUGUAGUUUUAUAAAAUACGACUUGCCAAAUUAUUGCAAUAUUCUCAACUUGCCAUUGCAAUGAAAUAUAGCAAUUCAUCCAGUAUUUUGUUUUGUUAUUUAGCGUAAGCUCACCAUUUUCACACUAAAAUCAUACUUAUUAUUUGUAUAAAACAGUAAGAGCUUUUGCAUAAACAUUUUAUUCAUAUUUUUAUUUACAUGUCAACAGUAUACUUUACAUCAUAUCCAAAUAUUUUCAUGAAUUAUUAAGACGCAUUUAUUUAUCUGGUACUAAAUUACAAUAUAUAUGUUACGGGUAAUGCUAGAAGGUGGAGUAAACCUAGGUUUACCCGGAUUGACUUAGUAAAAAAUAAAUUUUAAUUCGGGGUUUUAAUAAUAAAUGUUUAAAAUGA